GGAUUUCCCAAAUAGUCAGCAGACAGAAAGAAACCUGGAAGAGCGACUCUAAACUAAGAAAGAAAAUAUAGAAGUCAUACACCUCUGAAGACAAAUUAAUUUCUCAAAAUAUCAAACAAAAUGGCAAGCUUGUGUCCUAUUACAUUAUUAGGUCCAUAUCUUGACUAUAUGACUGAGCAAAAGAUAGUUGGGUUCAUACCAGAAGAAUCUUUACUUCAGCCUCUGUGGACUUACCUUCGGACAAACCACCAGGAGGUGUUAAGAUCUCCUCUCUUUCCUGUGAUCAUUUCAGUGUCCACAUACUUUAUGGCUUGCCUCCUCUACAUGACCCUGGAUAGUCUCUCACUGGUGGUUCCAGGGAUUAACAGUUACAGGAUUCACCCUGACCAGCCAGUAAAGCUGCAGAGCAUCCUGAAGGCGAUCUGGCUCACUGUUUACAAUCACGUGGUUUUUGUCUUUCCUGCAGCUGCUGCCCAGUGGUACUGGAGGCCACCUCUGCCAUUGGAAGAAAAGGCACCGACAGUGCUGGAGUUCACCAUGGGAAUUCUGGGUUGCACACUACUCUUUGAUUUCCAAUAUUACUUCUGGCACAUGAUUCACCACAAGAUCCAAUGGCUUUACGUGACAUUCCAUGCCAUCCACCAUGAAUACUUUCAACCUUUCUGCUGGGUUACCCAGUACAUGUCUGCUUGGGAGCUGGUCAGUGUUGGCUUCUGGACGACCAUUGACCCCAUAAUUCUCCAGUGCCAUAUCCUCACAGGCUACGCCUUCAUGGUGUUCAACAUCUGGAUCUCAGUGGAUGAUCACAGUGGUUACGACUUCCCCUGGUCUCUGCAUAACUGGAUCCCGUUUGGACUGUGGGGAGGCUCUGUGAAGCAUGACACCCACCAUCAGAAACCAAUGACAAAUUUCGAGCCCUUCUUCUCUCACUGGGACUGGCUGUGUGGCACCCAUUCUGACCACAGCUGCUCACCAGCCAUGGCAGACAAGAAGAGCACAUUUUCCCAACCUUGCCAUUCUAGCAAUUGAAAAUGGGAGAAAUCAAACUGCACACCUAUUUUGAUUCCUUCAGAGGUAACCUUGUAACAUACCUGAAACGCAUUUUUUAUCAUAAGUAUAUGUACUGUACAACAACAUUACUAAAAGCCUGGUUUACAAAUACUAAGAACACAAUAAAUUAAGUCUGUUUUUUAUAGGUGCUGUUUAUAUUUUUUUCUACAACUGUAAUACGAAUGAUACCAUUACUUCAAUAUAAAAUAUGUAAUGUAAUCUAUAUGAGGACAACAGUACAGCAACACUUCUUGUGUUGUAUGACGAACAACAUAAUUCAGGAAUAAUGUGCAAGUAACUCUCGAAUCCGUGCAUCUUCCCACUUUCUUUAUUAGCAGCAUUGGAAGAGGCAUUCUGUAUUUGCAAUGUUCAGUUUUUGACAGGUGAAUUUUCUUAAAAUUGUUAUGCAACAAGCACAGCAAAAUCCAGUCCCGGAGUCCAGCUUUAUGGAUGUUUUUGUAAUUAGCAAUUGAAAAGCUAUGAAAACUGCUGCUUUCACUUCUUAUCCAAACAAUAAGCGCAAUUAAGAUAAUUUUCUUUAGAGGAUCAUGUUUUCUGUAUCUUAAGUCUUUGAUGUCAUUUGAGUACGGUAAAAUGUGCACAAAAACUUAUACUGUACAUCUUAUGCAUUUUUAUAUAAAAACAGUAACCUAAGAGAGGAGGCCAUCUAGUCUCUUGGAAGCUGGUAGCUAACCGAUCUGAAAAUCUAAUCCAGCUAUUUAUUAAAAGAUUAAUUUAUUAUGUAUUAAAAGAAGCAAAACAAAAUGGCUGGGGAACUUGUUCCAUACUCCCACAACCCUUUGUUUAAAGAUGGGCCUCCUACUCUCAGUUUUAACUGCAAUUCCAUGUAGUUCACACUUGUGUCCUCUUGUUCCAUGUUUCACUAUUGUUUCUGGAGAAGUUCAUUGUGUUGAUUAUGUCAAUGCCUAUGAGGAUAUUGAAUAAUUGAAUCAGAUCUCCUCAUAGUCUUCUCUGUUAAAGACUAAAUAAAGUUCUUUGAGCAGUGCAAGAUGUUUCUAAACACAGGUAAUGCAUCUAAAAUGGAAGAAUGUGUUCUUCUCUAGAACAAAUGCAGUGCUGUUUUUGUAAUGAAUUGACCAAACCUGCACACUGUUUUGCUAAUGUGGUCUUACUAGUGCAUUGAACAAUUUUAACAUCCAUUGAUUAAAAUUCUACAUUUUAACUUCAUUUCUUAACAUUGUGCUAACCUUUUUAUUGCUUUUCUGCAUUGUGUAGAUUGGAAGAUGAUGCCUUUUUUUUAAUAAGUACCCCAUUCAGGCUCAGAGUUUCCCAUUUUGUAUCUAUAGAUUUAGCUGAUUACAUCUUAUACCCUGCACUUGUUUACAAUAAACAUCUUCCACAUGUUUGCACUGUC